UAGUAGGUGCAUUUUUCUUGCCUUUGGCUGUUUUGGAAAAGAGCUGGGGCCGAAAUGUGUGGGAGAUGGACACAGAUCAUCUCAGUCAGCAGAAAACAGCUGGAAAUGAAAAUGAAGAAGUUGAUGGCAACUGCCCGUGUGGAUUAAGGAACAAAAGAGGAGUCAAGGGCAGCAUAAAACAAACUCCAUCAGCAGAAUAUGACAAAAUGGACUCUUCUAAUUCUGCCGAUGCUUCUGAUCUUCUGAGUCAAGAGAGAAAGCUUGUUUUCCAUUGCAUUGAAAAACCAUCUGGCUCCCCACCAGGGCAGAAAGCAAGUGAUACCCCUUCAACAGUCAAACAAGAAGGCCCAGCACAGAAUGAAAAAGAAAUGCCCAAAUAUGGAGAACUGUGUGAAAAUUACCCAGAGAAUCAUGAGAGAAUGGAAACUUCAAGCAAAGAGAAUCAGACCUUGAGGACAGACUUAAACAGCAAGGAAGAGAAACUUGCGUGGGUUGAUAUAUCAAGGAGUGGGGAGAAUUCAGAGACAAUGGCAAAUGACCAGAAGGCACCUGAUACAGCAGAGGGUGACUCGACAUUCCACACAACCCAGAAGAAGAACAAACAUGACAAUUUAACAACUCUAGAAAGAGACAGUAAAGAUUAUCAUGCCCCAGCUUCUGGAAUUUCCAAAGAAACUUUGCAAGAGUUGAAAAACCUGUUGAGAGAGAGCCCGCUGCUUAGUACCAGGGCCAGGAACAGUGAUACAUUUUCCCAUACACUUCUGCUGAGCACUAGCGAUAAGCAAAGUAGACAUGUUGAGACUAUUCACCCUCAUUUAAGAGGAGGUGAUCAGAAAGUUCCUACCAUACACAAGCAUGUAGCAGGGCAACUAGGGAAUCCACCACUGGUUCACAGCUCAGCAGGGCUGAAUAAGCAGCAGUCCAAAAGUGAUGAUAUGGAGCAUCCUGUAGAAAAACAACAGACACCUUCCCAAAAUGUGGGCAGUACGUCAGGAAUUAAAUUGGACCCUACUCCUGGUCGGCAUGAGCAAAGAAGAAAUGCAGAUAUAAAGGGCCCUAGAAUGCACAUCCCUCAUCACUUAGCCUCUGAGAUUGAAGACAUUAUUGAACAGAUGGCCAAAGACAACAUACAUUUUGUCCGAUUUGAAGCGACGGAUCUUCAUGGGGUUUCAAGAUCAAAGAGCAUCUCUUCUCGCUUUUUUCGGGAGAAAGCAAUCCAUGGUGUAACCAUGCCCAGAGGUUAUCUUGAACUGACUCUGCAUCCAAAGGAUAUGGAAAUAAAUCAAAUAAGUGCCAGCAAUUUCAACUGUGAUAUAGUCCUGAGUCCUGAUUUAACAACUUUCCGAGUUUUACCAUGGACUGAACAAACUGCAAGAGUGAUAUGCGAUUCCUUCACUGUAACAGGCAACCCGCUAAUGACUUCACCCAGGCACCUUGCCAGACAACAGUUAAACCAGCUUCAGGAUAGUGGUUUUGCUCUGUUUUCUGCCUUUACCUAUGAGUUCUGUAUUUACGGGAUUGCUGAAAUUGUGAAUUCAAAGACAAUCUCUUUUCCUGCUGCAACCUUAUUGAAUAAUCAGGACCAGUCUUUCAUUCAGGAACUCAUUGAUGGGAUGUAUCAUGCCGGGGCAAACAUUGAGAGUUUCUCAUCUUCCUCAGGUCCUGGACAAAUGGAGAUUUCUUUGCACCCUGAGUUUGGCAUACGUGCUGCUGAUAGUGCCUUCAUCUUCAGAACAGGCAUUAAAGAAGUGGCCAAAAAGUACAACUAUAUUGCCAGCUUUUUCACUGAGAAUGGAUUUUGCAACUCAGGUGUUUUGUCGCACAGUCUUUGGGAUAGCAAUGGGCAAAACAACCUGUUUUCUUUUGGUCCGGGAGGUCCCGAGUUCACUGACAAAGGGAAGAAUUGGCUUGCAGGACUCCUGCAGCACUCUGCAGCUCUCAGCUGUUUGAUGGCUCCAACCAUUGGCUGCCGUAAACGGUACAGCAUUUACAGUAAGGAGUCAAAGGAUACUGUGACAGCCAGUUAUGGUUGUAAUGACAAUAGUUGUGUGUUUAAUGUCAAAAGUCAUGGUGAAAAAAGAACUCAGAUAGAAAACAAGUUAGGCUCUGCUAUAGCAAAUCCUUACUUGGUGCUGGCUGCCACAAUUGCUGCUGGUCUAGAUGGAGUAAGGAGAGGGCUGAACUUCCAUGAAGGAUCAGAGGAGAUCUCUGAUCUUGCUCAAAUCAAACCUGCUACAAUCCCACUGAAUCUGGAAGAUGCUCUUGUAGCAUUUCAGGAAGAUGAAUGUAUCAGGGAAGCACUAGGUGACACCUUUGUUCGAUAUUUUGUUGCCAUGAAACGGUAUGAAUUGGAAACAGAAGAAAUGGAUAUUGAAAGGAAUAGAAUUUUAGAAUAUUUUAUCUAGUAGGAAUAUUUUCAACUUGGUAAAAACCUGUGUUUCUUUAGCAUUGCAGUGAUUGUGAGAGCUUUCAUUUUCUGUUAUUGUAUUUCAUAAUCAAACAACGUAUGAUGGUGAAUAGAUCUCCUACAUAUAUUGAAAGUACUUUGGGAGGUUUUCAUUCAUAAUGGGACAUAGGCUUGAGGUGGUGGUAGUGGAAGAGGCAUUUUUAUUGUAACAUUUUCCUAAUACAAAUUACCUCCCUCAAUCUGGGGGAUGAUAAUUUGUCAUAGUUGGCAAAUGAACAGGGAUCCACAUAAUGCCUACUCAUUUCUUCCAAGGGCAAUUAGUAGCUGGGUCUGGGUGAGAAAGAGAUACAUCUGGAAAAUGGAACAGGAGGGGAGAGCAUUACCUCUAAGCCAAAAUGAUGUUGCUGUUUUUGCUACUCAAUACAAGGGAGAUCCAUUCAUGGAUCUCCUAACAUCACAUCUAGUUUGGCCUGCGUUCAUCAUCAGUGGAAUCCCCACCGUCAAUUAAUGCAUGAUACUCAUGUGAAAUAUCCAGAUUUCAGCAAGAACUCCCCACCGCUCAACCACCAAACAUGGAUUCAUUCCGGUUCUGGUGCUCCAGCUCCCCCUUAUAACGUGUUUUCUAAGAACCUGCAUGGAAGUGUACCUUUAAAAAAAACACAUGCUGAACCCAGAUCAGUGGGGAGGUUCGGGGGUUGAAUCUAGAUUAAUUUCCCCACCAUAGGGAGUGAUGUGGAGCCUUCCAACCAAUCAGAGUGCGGUAGGCUGUGCGCAAAGCGCACACAGCCCUUUAUUUGUUUCACGCCGACGGAGGCCACAUUGAAAUGUGGCUGCAUGGAAUGUGAUUUCUGUGCCAACUGUAAACUAAAAUUAGACUUUUCUGCCAGUGCAGCUGCGUGGGUAAAGAGUGCCAAAGCCGCGCAUAAAUAUAGCUUAGUGCGAAAAACAGCUACCGUCCUAUCUACAAUGCGCAUGGUGACACAGCUGCGCAAAAAAAGUUUAAAAAACAUUUCCUGCCCCAACGCAGCGCAACAGCCAAUCAGGACGAGGAAGAAAGGGCCGUUGAGCAGAUCGCUCGUUCAAU